GUGCUGAGACACCCGGUGUUUAACGGGUGCACUUAGAGUGCCGGUGGCUUGCUGAAGUUGUUUGAUAGAUAUGCUCUUUAAUUUAAAUAAUAUUAAUGUUAAGGCUAAGUAUUAUUGAUUUAUGUAAGCUGUCUUUUCGGCGAAAAUAUUUGCUUGAUAUAUGAAAUAGUAGUUUCUUGAAAAAAUGUCUUUAUAAAAUGUUUUUGUAUAUAGAUGAAAUAGAUGAAAAAACGAAUCUAAAUGUCGAUUAUGUUAGCAUGCGUAACAACCUCAGUUAGCUUUGUCAUUCAACGAGGUUAGCUUGGGAAUUAAUCGGUGCAUCAGCUAAUUCUAUUGAAGAAACAUUGCAAGGCUAAAAAUAUCGACUUCCAGUGAAUACUGAUGCUGGGAAAAUGUAAUUACUCUUAACAAAAGUUCGAGUACGACAAUUUUUACAAUCGAAUUAGAAAUAAGGGGAAAAUAAAAGCAUAUAAGUUUAAGGCCAGGUACUAAGUAAAAGUAUUGGUGCCUUAAAUGGCUAUGAUAAGUAUUUUAUAUUAUUGUAUUUGUAAGGGUAGUUUAUGUUAGGUGUAAGCUCCCUUUCUUAUUUGCUAUAUAAGACACAGUUCGCCAUAAAGAACUUUAUCACUUACAAGAUGGAGCUUAUGUUUCAGCUUGCACUAGUCAGUUUCAUUGUCUUCGCUUCAGCUGCGACCAACACAGGGUCAUCCUACCGAUACACCUGUAAUUCCAAUACUGGCCAAUAUAAAUGCACCUAUGAGCUGUGCACAAAAACUUUAGAUGGUAAACAAAAUUGCACCUCUAGCGUUUCCAUGCAAAAAAAUAUAGCUACCCAGGGAAGUUCAUCCUCCUACAAGUACUCCUGUGCUUGGGAAACUGGAGUAUAUAAGUGCACUCAUAUACGAUGCACCCAUAAUUUCAACGGUCAAAAAAAAUGCACUACUAGUCAAACUACUCCGAAGACUUGAGUAGGCCCAAACGCUAAAAGAAAUAAUGAAAACCAAAAUCCAAGCAAAUAGAAAACGUAAGCACUUUAGAAAAAAGCCCAAUACUUAUUAAAAAUCCCUAAAAAAAUUAAUAAACAAUUUA